CGCAGCCUUUCAGGAUGAGAUUCGAAGGUGCCUUCGCAAUUCUGCUGGCGCUGUGUGCCAUCUCUUAUUUCCCGGGAAGUUUACAGAGGAGUGUCAAAGACAACCCCAAGAAAUACUCUGAAUCGCGCCUGUAUCAUGCUUCAGAGGGCAAUGCUGACACACCAUUGAUGUAUGAAGAGUUUAAGGAUGCAAAGUGGCAUGACUGGCUCCUAGAGGUGAUUUCAUCAGUUGGAAAAGCCACACCACCGCCAGACGCGACCACCGGCGCACCGCCGGCAGACGCGACCACCGGCGCACCGCCGGCAGACGCGACCACCGGCGCACCGCCGGCAGACACGCGACCACCGGCGCACCGCCUGCAGACGCGACCACCGGCGCACCGCCUGCAGACGCGACCACCGGCGCACCGCCUGCAGACGCGACCACCGGCGCACCGCCGGCAGACGCGACCACCGGCGCACCGCCUGCAGACGCGACCACCGGCGCACCGCCUGCAGACGCGACCACCGGCGCACCGCCGGCAGACGCGACCACCGGCGCACCGCCGGCAGACGCGACCACCGGCGCACCGCCUGCAGACGCGACCACCGGCGCACCGCCGGCAGACGCGACCACCGGCGCACCGCCGGCAGACGCGACCACCGGCGCACCGCCGGCAGACGCGACCACCGGCGCACCGCCGGCAGACGCGACCACCGGCGCACCGCCGGCAGACGCGACCACCGGCGCACCGCCGGCAGACGCGACCACCGGCGCACCGCCGGCAGACGCGACCACCGGCGCACCGCCGGCAGACGCGACCACCGGCGCACCGCCGGCAGACGCGACCGCGACCACCGGCGCACCGCCGGCAGACGCGACCGCGACCACCGGCGCACCGCCGGCAGACGCGACCGCGACCACCGGCGCACCGCCGGCAGACGCGACCGCGACCACCGGCGCACCGCCGGCAGACGCGACCACCGGCGCACCGCCGGCAGACGCGACCACCGGCGCACCGCCGUCAGACGCGACCACCGGCGCACCGCCGUCAGACGGGCCCACCGACGCACCCCCGUCAGACGGGCCCACCGACGCACCCCCGUCAGACGGGCCCACCGACGCACCACCGUCAGACGGGCCCACCGACGCACCACCGUCAGACGGGCCCACCGACGCACCCCCGUCAGACGGGCCCACCGACGCACCCCCGUCAGACGGGCCCACCGACGCACCCCCGUCAGACGGGCCCACCGACGCACCACCGUCAGACGGGCCCACCGACGCACCCCCGUCAGACGGGCCCACCGACGCACCCCCGUCAGACGGGCCCACCGACGCACCCCCGUCAGACGGGCCCACCGACGCACCCCCGUCAGACGGGCCCACCGACGCACCACCGUCAGACGGGCCCACCGACGCACCACCGUCAGACGGGCCCACCGACGCACCACCGUCAGACGGGCCCACCGACGCACCACCGUCAGACGGGCCCACCGACGCACCACCGUCAGACGGGCCCACCGACGCACCACCGUCAGACGGGCCCACCGACGCACCACCAUCAGACGGGCCCACCGACGCACCACCGUCAGACGGGCCCACCGAUGCACCACCGUCAGACGGGCCAACAGAUGAAGCUACAAGUGGGGCCACCGAUGGUCCUACGGGUGGGCCAUCUGAUGCCCCUGCAUCCACACCAACCCCAAACAAUUCUUUGUCGUUUGCAGGCAGCUCAUUUGUGA